CAGAUGAGCACUGGCAGUGAAUCCAUUGCAACUGAUCCUGUUUCUAUUGCCUUUUUCUGGUCAGCAACAACGACAUACCUCUGUGUGUGGGCAGGUCGAUGCGUUAUUCUGCUCGAAGUAUAUACCAUUUACACCUCACCCUCCGCUCACAACCGGAAAUAAAAAUCGCAAGUCUUGUUAACGUUUUAAGAAUCUGUCCCAAACUUGUGUCUAACAUUGCACCACUGUCUUCCUCUCUCCUCUCUGCCCCAACAUGGACAACAAACGAAAGAAUCCCGGUAACAAUUGAUACUAAUAACAAUAAUAAAAAGACAAGCAUCAACGCACAGCCCAAAUGCAAGAUUGACAGUACAUCUCCCACCAUCAACCUCAACGUUCACACAACGUGGGAUGCGAUACUCCAAGCUAUACGAAAGAACAAACAAGAAAUCAUACAAAUACACGUCCAGUUGCGAAAUACCUGUGUUCCCGACCGACCGAACCACUUAAUGCCAUUUCUCACAGACGCAUACGAGAAGCGGCUAUAUGCAAGAGACUACGCUACAGCCAAGGUCAGGGCGAUCACAGAACAUGGCAUCAAAAGCAACGGCACCAUUCAUUGUUGCGCAAUAGCAAGUUUCCUUCAACCAUCGACCUCAAAUGUAUCAACAGCUCCUAACAGCAGUUACACCCAACACGUAGGCAACAAGAACAGCUGGCUGCGUCAUUACACAAGGCAAUACCUGAUAACCAGAAUCACUGACAAUAACCCAACUACCCAUUUCGACGCCCAGGCAGCAGACGCAAUUGCUCACCUGCAGAAAGUCCUGCAACAUAUGAGAUACGGGCGAAUCGACACAGCCAUCCAGGAACUACUACACCAUUGGUAAUACACGAUUGCGAGGAAAUCUUGCGUCAUGGAUCCGAUGUGUCAACAAUAGCGUAAAGACCCCAAGUUCAGGCGCCUCUGCAGAGAUCUAUCACCUCGCGCUACAAAUACAUCACAGGACACACGAAAGAUUUUCUGACAGAAUCCAAGGUAACGACGUCAAUAUCGAAACCAACUCUCGAAACGCAUCCGAGUCCGUGCUACCUGAUACCCCACCCGCUGAAAUAUGGCAAGAAGGACUCUAUGACAAAGCUGGUUUUUC